UCCCAGAGAAGCAGAUUGACUCAGAAAACAACCUCAGUUUGAGUCCGGAAGCUACAGAAUUAGCUCAAUGGCUACUUCAAUUUGUGCAAGCGGGUUUAAGGGAGGUUUAGGCACUUCAUUUUACGGGGGAUGGGGCAGUGGUAUUAUCGGCGAGGAGCAUGGAGUUUUGGUAAAAGCAGUGCCGAGUGUUAGGGUUGCAAAACCAGUAAGAUCACGGCCGAUGAUGAAGAAUAUCAAUGAAGGUAGAGGCGUUUUCGCUCCUAUUGUUGUUGUUGCGAGGAAUUUAAUCGGCAAGAAGAGGUUCAAUCAGCUCAGAGGCAAAGCAAUUGCCUUACACUCUCAGGUGAUUACCGAGUUCUGCAAGUCAAUAGGGGCAGACGCAAAGCAGAGGCAAGGACUAAUUCGGUUGGCUAAGAAGAAUGGAGAAAAGCUUGGCUUCCUUGCUUGAGUUGAGAUUACUUAUAGGUUCCUUCAUCUCCCUACAUUAAUGUCUUCUCUGCAAUACUCACUAGCUUUUUUGUUCAUCUUCACUCCUACCUGUAACAUUUCUUCUUCAUAUCAUUCAAGUAAACAUUAGAAAGAUAAUAUGUUCAUAUAUUUCACCAACAAGUUGAGCUUACGGAA